GAUCGCCGCGUCGACACGAAAUACAAAUAAAAACGAUAAAACGAAUAACCACGCACAAGAACGCGCAUGAACAUUUCAAGUUUUGAACACGUUCAAACGUGCAAGACUUCGGCGAAUCGUUUAGACGAAAAUUCUUUCCCGCGUGAAAACCCUCACGCCAUUCAAUCGCGCGGUUAAAACUGAACGUGUGAAGGGUGCUUUAGUUUUGUAUAUAUAUUCGUACUUAUCUGUUGAGGAGAGAUAUUUUUAAUUUAAAUGAUAAUGACACUAUUUCCUUUAAAGUCUGCAUUGUGGAUUUCCAGGAAGUUUAUGUAACUCAGUGAAGGCAAUCCGUAAUUACUAGCUAGUGCACAUACAUUAUGGAAAAAAAUACGACAAAAAAACCAUCAUUAUUCAGUAGCUUUCUACAUGAAAUUGAUAAUGAAAAAUUAGGAUGCGAUAUUCCAUGUUAUGAGACAUCGAUUCGUGAAACCUGUAAUUCAGAUGAAGAAAACGCAACAAUUAACCUCGACAAUAAUUUGAAUGAUUCCAAUGAUAAAUGUGAAGUGAUGCUUAAAGCAUUUAAUGAUGCGUUUGAAACUAUUUAUGGUGAUAAUGAGGUUAGUUGUAUUCAAGUUCAACAAUUAUCGGAAGAAUUUCAAUCUAAUUGUGUGCACUUUAAAAAUAUGUUUGAAAUCAAAAAAACUGAAAUAGAACAAUUAAAAUCCAAGUAUACUCUGAUGGAGAAUGAAUCACUUGCUACUAUAAAUAAAUUACAAUUUCAAAUCGCAGAAUUAAAAAUGCAAUUAAAACAGCAAUCAACUUUUUGUUCCAAUAUUGGGUCUACAUUUGGUUACUACUUGUGGAAAGCAACUCAAAUGCCUGCUAUAGUUGAUAUGGUUUUGCAAAAGGAUAAAAUUACAAAAAUGGCCAAACUAUUUACUGGUAUUCUUAGUUCCUUUGUAGAAACGUAUAAUAAUCAGAUGCCUCCUAUAAACACAUGUGAAACUAAAUUUAUAUUAAAUAUUCUGGGUAUAGUAGCUAAUCUAACGACCUCUAAAUCUGGCUGUCAUUUUUUUACACAAAUAAAUGAUGGGAUUAAUUUAGUUAAUCAUAUUGUGACUUUGGUGCUGUGUACACCUUAUUCACUUAAACAUAAUUUAAAGAAGAUUGCUUAUGCAGUACUGUAUAAUGUGAGUAUUCAGUGCAAUGGACAUGUGCUUAUGGAAAAUAAUAAGUUAAUUAAAACAUUAGAUAAUGAUUUAAAAGUAACUACUUACAAGGAUAUUGAUGAUACGUUAUUAUUUUCUUUAAAACUGUUACAUUCAUUGACUAAAAAUAUGAAUAAAUCAAUGUGCACCAUUGUUAGGAAUGAAAUAAACUUACAAGAAAUACUAAAAUUGACAAGAUAUACUGAAACAGAAUUAACAGCAAGAAAAAUAUAUGAAAACGUUAAUUUUUCAAUUGAAAAAUAUUAC